GGCAACGAUAACUACAUUGUCGGGGAUCUGAGGGUGGACAAUCAGAGACAUCAUGUUCUCCACGGAAAAACAGCUCGAUAUUCUACGUCAGUCAAAUAGAUGGUUUAUGGAUGGAACCUUUAAGAUGUUUCUUCGACGUGAUAAAGCAAGUACCACUGUUGUUUGUUCUCAUGUUAAGUAGAAGGAAGGACGACUACAUCGCAGUUCUGCAAAAGACCAAGGAGUUGCUUCGAGAUCCUAGUGUAGAAGUUUUUGUUGUAGACUUCGAGGCUGCUGUUUGGGGUGCCAUAAGAGAUGUUUUCCCGAAUGUUCAGAUAAAAGGUUGUGUAUUCCACUGGUCCCAGUCCGUCUUCAGGCAUGUGGAAUCCAUUGGGCUUGGUCCGGCGUACAUGGAGCGUGGUUCCAUCUGGAAUUACGUCAGACAACUACUAGUUUUACCGUUUCUGCCAGUCAACCACAUCAAGCCAGAAUUCGACCAGCUAGCAGCCAGGGCCAACACUGACGCUCUUCGUCAACUUGUAGAUUACAUUCGAAGUACAUGGAUUGAGUCAACAGUCUUCACUGUGGAGAACUGGAGCAUCUUCAUGCACAGAGUCCGAACAAACAAUAAUGUUGAAGGCUGGCACAAUCGUCUAAACGGCGACUGUGGACAACGGGCCUUGUCAUUCUACAAAUUCCAGGAGUUGGUUGACCACGGAGUGGGACGGCAGCAACGGCCCGAAACAAGAAGGUCUGAUGCUAAAUUAUUAGAGUACUGGGAGGAUUACUCGGGAAAAAAAGAUAUCCGCUACAUCUUUGCUGAGAAAAAUUAUCAGAGUAUACGGUCCUGCGGAGUAUGUAGUUUGAACAUUAAAAAGAACUACAGUGAUGAUUACAUUAGGACUGGGUUCACAGUGAUUAUGUGUAUAAAUGAUAGUGGUGAUAUUUGUUAA